AUGCCGUUGAUAACCUGGUGUAGCCGAGUUGAGGGGUAUGGUGUUUGGUUGUUGGGUGGUGGUAGGUGUGAGUAUUUAGUUCUAGAUGGAUGGGAUUGGGGAUGGGGAGUUUUGAGGGAUGAUGAUGAGAAUGGGAUUGAGGGAUGGGGGGAAUUUGAAGGUGGUGGUAGAAGAUGA